AUGCAAUCAUUCUUGCAACACAGAAGAAUCAACCAGGCAGUCAAGCUUCGGUAUGAUGGUCCCUUGGCGGAGUUGAAAGAGAUAGUUCCGACAGAGAGCUCAACCAACCCAGCAAUAACCAACCCAGCAAUCGGAGACGGGGUUUCGGUCGUUCAGUGGGAAUCGUGGGAUCUGCAUCUCAGCCCCCGAUCAUAUGGACCAUGGAGGAAAUCCGCUAUGACAAUUCUGGUAGCCUUGAUUGGACUGGCUUGCACCGCUGCGUCUGCAAUUGACUCAGCGGGUGUAAAAGAAUACAGUCAAUACUGGGGGGUCUCCACAGUGGUUGGGUCUCUAGCUACUGGUCUUUUUAUGAUUGGCUUUGGGGUUGGAUCUUUCAUUUCAGGUCCCUUUUCGGAAACGUUCGGCCGCAACGCUGUCUAUAUGGUGACCAUGAUAAUUUUCCUUUUGUUUAUCAUGGCUGCCGGCUUAGCACCAAACGUUCACGGACAUCUUAUCUUUCGUUUCUUUGCCGGGCUUUUUGCUUCCACGCCCCUCACGUGCGUUGGGGGUACCGUGGCGGAUCUUUGGGAUCCUCUGCAAAAAUCAUACGGUUUCAUUAUUUAUACGAUUCCCGCCUUCAAUGGCCCCAUGAUUGGCCAGGUCAUUGGAAGUUUUAUUCCCCCGACACUCGGCUGGCGCUGGCUGGAAUGGAUAAUGCUUAUCUUCGGUGGUGUGAUGUUCAUCAUGAUGAUCUUCCUACAACAGGAAACGCACCAGGAUACUCUGCUGACUUGGAAAGCAUCGGCCCUCAGGAAGUAUUCUGGUCAACAGCAUUGGAGAGGACCACUAGAAGUUCGGGAUACUACGCUCUGGCAGCGCUUGAAAAUUGCCAUCUCUCGACCAUUCACGUGGAUCGUCACAGAGCCAAUCAUCAUACUGACAUCUCUGUACUUGAUCGUGAUCUACCUCAUCCUUUUUCUCUUUUUGGAGGGUUAUCGAUUCAUCUUCGUUGAUAUUUACGGAUUAUCGGAGGGCAUGAACAAUGUCAUCUGGAUUGCCAUGUCCGUGGGUUGUUGUGGGGUGAGCCUUCAGGUUCCUUUUGUAUAUCGAAUCUCAAAGCGUCAACAACAGGAAAUUUCUCGGAUCAAGCCCGAGACAAGAUUGUGGUACGCCAUGCUUGGAGGGGCGCCAGCUAUUCCGAUUAGUCUCUUUUGGAUGGCUUGGACGAGCUAUCCUCACAUAAGUGUGUGGUCCCCAAUUGUCGCAUCUGCCCUAUUCGGAUUUGGCAUCACCACGGUCUUUGUCAGUGCUCAUCUAUAUGUCAUUGACUCAUAUGAGUCUGGUGCUGCAUCUGCAUUUGCUAUGCUUGUCAUGCCCCGAUACAUUGUCUCGGGUGGUGUCCUUAUCGCAGGAGGCCCGAUCUAUUCGAGCAUAGGGGUGCACUAUUUCUUGACUAUUCUUGGAGCGAUUAGUGCGGCUCUGGCGUUUAUUCCAUAUUUGUUCUAUUUCUUUGGACAUCGCAUACGACGUGCAAGUCCUCAUGCUGUUACUCAUGAGCCAUGA